CUACUAGUAGCGAAGAUGAAAGUGAGGUGGAAGAUAAAUCGGUUAAAAGAAGAAGAGAUCAGGUAGUAGAGGUAGUGGUAGAUCAGAUAGUAGGAGCACAAGUAGCAGUACUAGCAGGUCUAGUAGCAGUAGUAGCAGUUCAAAUGAAGAU